AUGACGAGAGUGGAUGUGGAUUUUGUCAUUGCCGAAGGAAAUUUAUGGAGAUGUCCUCCAUGCUCCAAGCUGAGGAUACAGGGCAUGAAAGCCGUGUCUGCAGCUGAAGACGGCAACCCUACCCUAUCGCAGAUAAUCUUUAUGCUGGACGAGAAAGUGGGGAAACGUAGAAAACGCUGGGAAAUCGCCGAUUUAGGAGGUGUUGGAGGGGUGACGCGCAGAGAUGAAGUAGCCGGCACGUCCUGGAGCUCUAUCUGGGUGGACGAAUGCUGUUUCAAAUUCUCCGAACUGAAUCCGACUGAGCUCACAAUGCCGGGAUCUCAAUCUUGUGGAUUUCCUACUCCAUCAUCAUCAUCAUGGCUAGGAGUGGUCGGCAGGACUGACGCAUUGGGCAUCACGGCAUCUCUGGUGACAGGCUCCGAAUGAUGUACGUCCUGAUAGGAGACGAACAAGUUUGGGUUGGUGUCAUCCAUGGUGAACUCGCGAAGAUGAUACAAUGUGUGCGGAGAAAUUGAUGCAAUUGAAACGUAUGAAAUUGUUGAUCAGAGCAAGUGUGAAUUGGAAUAAGUAAUUGUGACAAGUGAACAAAAAUUAUGGUUGCAAGUUGAUGUGUGAAUAAAUACAGCUAUGGAAAUAGACAUUUAUUUCUAACAUAGAAUCUAGCACAAUUACUAACACUAAUAGAAGGAAUGACCUUAUUUUCAAGCCCUAGAAACACUGAAGUAUCUUCAAGUUCACCUUUUCCCUCAAAUUUUAUUAAAUGACUGACUUUUAUUAUUGAAUGUUCAAGAUAAUACUUUUGACUCAUGAAGGUUAUAAUAACACAGCUUAUAACCGGGAUUGAAAAAUUUUACAAUAGUAAAGUUCCCAAAAAUUUUCCCUAUCUUUGUUGCUGUAAUAUACAGAACAACAAUAUCUCUGCAAUCGAUCAGUGACCUCUUCAAAGCUCUGAGUUGGCCGCCAUGUGUGACAGGCCUAGCUCCAGGGAGGGCAUGGACCACACAAGAAAUAGAUGAAUUUAUGAAAGUGCUCACUUUCAAGGGUACAUGAAUAUAUGCCCCUCUGUGUAAUAUCAGACCUGAGAAUUUAUUUGAUUGGUUGAGAAAUUUGUAGGUUAUCCCAGAUGUAGGAUUGGAGUGUUCCAAUAGUACUGAGCUCAAAUAAAGCAAUCUUAAAAUUAUUACCUGGUUGUUGUUCUGAUAAAGAGCCAAUGCAACCCAAACAAAGAUAUAGAUCACAAAUCCAUGUAUGAUUGUGCCUCUUACUGCUAUCAGAAUUGAUAAUGAAUACUUUAUUAAAUAAAUAUAAUUUCUGAAAAGAGGUUCGAGUACAGAAUCUAAUCCUAUCAGUGUUGGGUUACAUUGACUUAAAUCCUGCAAAAUGCCACAUACACUGUUUAAUUUAGUCUGGAAAUUAUAAGCUAAGCUGCCGACAGUGACCAAUGUAAAAGCAAAUGUAAGCAGAAUUAUAUUUAUUAAUCCCGCAGUGAUCAACUGAUACAUUAGCAACCAUCCACAACCUUCCACUCAAUUAAUUUCCCGACUUGUUACACUGACCAUACGAGGUCUAUCACAAUACCAAUGGUAACAUGUCAAAGACGAUAUCAAGGUUUUCAGAAAAGAAACGAACUGGAAGAUAUGCUCAGUUAUUUCAAUAAAUUGACAAUUUUCAAGAUAAGCAGAUAGUAAAUAAUAAUCUUCAAGUGAAUAGUGAUGAUCGGUAUAACGUGUUCUGGUUUAACAAUACCAGACAUGUGCAAAUUACAAUUUAAUAAUGAUUUAAGAAUUGAAAGAAGAUGUAUGCUAAAAUGAUAAUUACAGAGUUGUGAGUUCUGCUUUGAAAUAGCUUGAUCGAUAGACAGAUUAUUAUAAAUUAAUCUUAUUUAAUGAUGAUUAUUAUAAUGUAGAUUAACAUUGUAUUUCCCCUGAUUACAAUCUGGUCAUGACCAUUAAUUUUCACUAGAAUUUAUAUCACUCAUGAAUCGUAGAUGGGGCCCCAAUAUAUUCACUAGAAGAACAACUCACAUGACUCUGUUUUCCUUUUUCCUUGGUUCGCAAAUAAUUAUUCUUCUGCCAUGUGCUGGAUUUUCUGGACUCCAAGUAGAACGUGUUGCUGGUAUAUUACUCUGUGAUUCAUGUAGAUUCAAUCAGGUAUUUUACGUUAAUUAUUAUUUCCACAAACAAAAGGAACUUUACAAUUAACAUUCAAAUUCACAUUAAACAGUUAAAAAUAAUUUACAUGAAAUUUUUCAACAAAAAUGUAAGUUUACUCAAAACGUGUGACUAGGGCAGGUCAGUGCUAGAGCAGAAAGAUCUUCUUCCCCAAAUUAAAUUCACAAUUCUCUAUGAAUCUCUCUAUUUCUAAUUUGCAUAGGACAAUUGCUAUUGGUUGUAGCUGAGUGACAUAGUGCACAUGUCAUAUUUUUAUGAAAAAUGGUUCCUUUGUUUACAUUCAAUUCCCUGACUUACAAGACGAAUAAAUACAUUAAAACAUAAAUAUAAUUCAAUCAUAUCAAAAUACAGUUCAACUCCAACAGUGUAGGUGAAUUAAUAAUAAUACAUAAAAUUACAAUAACAGAGAUCUCGACAUUCUGUGUUGCAUCUCAACAAUUCAAAUUUUGGUAUCCCUUUCUUUGUCCUCUGAUUGGUUGUUCGUGCAAAGAGGAAUAAAUCUAGCAAGAUCGCUUGUAUUUAAUAUUUAUUUGUUGAUAAUCCAAACAAUAAAUGUAAUUAAAUUAAAUAAUACCGUUUGUCAAUGUAGACUUACAUACAAAGGAUAUUUGGAACUUUUUGCUAUUAUUGUACAUCAGAGGUACUAUAUCUUUUUUAUAAUUUGUUUUUUUCAAAAAUAAACUCAUUUAUUGUGCUAAUAA